AUGGAACUCAACGGAGAACAUUUUCGCGCCAUAAUUUAUUACAACUUUCAGAGAAAAUUAUCGCAACAAGAAUGCCUUGCUGAGUUACUGUCUGUUUUCGGCAACGAAGCGCCACAUCAGUCGACUAUUUUCCGUUGGUAUGGAGAAUUCAAACGUGGACAGGUGAGUCUUAGCGACGAUUCCAGGGUGGGUGCACCAAAAACGGCAGUCACCCAGGAAAACGUCGAUGCUGUGAACAAACGCAUCGUUGAAGAUAGACAUGUGACAUAUCGCGAGAUUGAGGCGUCCUUGAAGAUCUCAAAGACCUCAAAAAAAAAAUUACAUGAAGAAUUAGGACCCGAAAGAAGAAUGAUCCUCCACCAAGACAAUGCAAGCUCGCACACGGCCCAAAAAACAAGGCAGUAUUUAACGGAAGAAAACGUAGAAUUAUUGGACCAUCUUCCAUAUAGUCCCGAUCUAAGUCCUAACGAUUUCUUUACUUUCCCGAAAAUUAAAAACAGACUGCGUGGUCAAAGGUUCCAGUCGCCAGAAGAAGCAGUUGACGCAUUCAAAAAUGCCGGUUUGGAUCUGCCAGCAAACGAGUGGAAUAAGUGCUUUGAAAAUUGGUUCGAGCGCAUACAGAUGUAUAUUAGUCUUCGUGGAGAAUACUUCGAAAAACAAUAAAGUCAUUUAAAAC